UUAACCUAAAUAAUCAUUCUUCCUUUGUGAAAGAAACAAGAAACUUAGAAAAUGGCAUUCAAGACUGUUGUCAUCUGUGCUUUUGCCUUUUUGGUCCAGAGCAUUUCUGCUCAGAGAAGCUGUGGUUGUCAAUGCCAAUCCAUCAGCAUCCCUAGCAGCGGCGGCGCCCUGAACAUUCAGGCUAUCGGGCCCAUCGUGCCGUCUGGCAUCGCCGUCGCCACGGAGCUGGGCCUGUCCGGCGACCUGGACCUGUCCGGCGCGCUGCCGUACCUGAGCGCGGUGGCGUUCGAGGGCCAGUUCGACACCAGCGGCUCGGCGCCGGUGUGCUACGGCUGCGGGGACUGCGUCGCCAUCACCCAGCAAAUCGGUGGCUCCAGCGGAUGCGGAUGCGGCAGACGCUAAGUGUUAUUACAUAUUGUAUAAAAAUACAGUAUAAACAUACAAAUAUUAAAUGCAUUUCUUAUUGCUUAUAAAUCGUAUUCUUAUUU